GCCAACAUGACGAAGGAGAUUCUCAGAUUUUUAGCUAUCGGUGUUCUGAUCGUGUUCUUCCUUGCAGGACCCCAAGUUAAGGCUGAGGAGUUUGACAUAAACAGCAUAAGCAGUUUUCUUGGUGAUGACGCUACGGCGAAUUCCGCCGUGAGCGGAAAGAAUACUGGUUUCAGCUUUAACAACUACAACCCGAGCACACAGAACGUUUACAAAGCUGCUGCCAGCACGUACUCAUCGGUACAGAAAGAACCUGCCUCUGUAUCAUCAGCAUAUACCAAUCCUUACAAUCCUUAUUCGGCAUCCAACCAGCAAUACCAAGGGCAACAGUACCACGGCGCGGAUGGCUACAACGCCGGAAGUUUCGGAAGCGAAAGCCAGUCGACACCGUUUGCCUUUCCGACGCAGGGUGCCCAGGCCAAACCGUCAUAUGGAGGAGCGAGCAGCCACAGUUCAUCCACCCACGGGCCAAACCCACCCGGAAGCCCGUUGGGCCAAGUGCACCCAGGAAGUCCGUCUGUGAACUUAGGCCAAGCUCAUCAUGGACACGGACCGCAGACCUUCGGCCCCGGUGGAGCUGACGCUUAUAAAAGCUAUUCUCAGUAUUCAAACGGAGGAGCUUCGUACAAUGCCCUCCACCCUGGAUCAACUCCUGGAAGCUACUCACCUUACACCUUCGAAAAACCAUCUCGUCCCAGCUACCAAGGGCCAUCACCUUACAGUGCUUACGGUGGGCAGUACGGUGGACAUCAAUACCCUGGAGGAUUCAGCUCAACCAGCCCAACUCAAUUCGGAUACGGACCACCAAAGACACCAUACAGCUCGCCUUAUAAGCCAACCGGGUAUUACAGCAGGCCCUAUUCUGGCUUUUCGAGCUAUAAACCGCACAGCUACUCUCCUUCGAGGUAUCCAGGAUACUCUGGAAAAUAUUCAACCUCCAGCUUUUCCAGACCGGGCGGCUAUUCUAACAGUGCAUACAGCUCCAAACCUUAUUCUUAUAAAGGACCGUACAAAGGUGCGAGCAGUAAGCCUGUCGCUGCAUACGCAUUUUCUGAUCUGUUUUAAGCGAAGGACAUGACUUUAAAACUGGCUGUGAUUUGUCAUUUCUGAAGAAACAGCAAAAUAAACAAAAAAA